UUGGAUAGAGAACAACUCAUCGCACACACCAUCGUUCGCAAUCACUUAAUCGCCCAUCUUUCUGGAGAACACUGUCCACAGCUGUUAAUGUUGGUUACGGGUGAAGGCGGUACAGGCAAAUCAAAACUGGUGAACGCUAUUACAAAGACCUUUGCUCAGCACGGGUGCAAAUCAAAAUUAGCACGUACAGCAAUGUCAGGAGUCGCAGCCUGUAUCAUCGGAGGUUCAACUUUGCAUUCUUGCGCUGGCCUGCCACCCCAUCAAACAUCC